AUGACAGUCGCAGAGUCGGUCAAGGGCCUUGCUGGCCUGGCCGAUGGCAACACCACAGCUGCCUCUCGAAAGGAGAUGUCCGACGCUCGUCUUCCUCUCGCGUACCGGGAUUCCUGUGCCCAUCUCCUGAUUCCACUGAACCGAUGCCGGCAAAAAGAGUACUACCUCCCAUGGAAGUGCGAGACCGAGAGACAUACCUACGAGAAGUGCCAAUACGAGGAGUUCAAGAAGCGUGUGGCCAAGAUGGACGAGCUUCGAGCUGCAAAGGGUGGCGAGCGGAGCAACUAG